AUGAUGGAGCGGCAGGACGAGGCGUGGUGCUCGUGCUCGCCGAGGCAGUGCAGGAUUUGCCACGAGGAGGAAAGGGACGACGGCUGCGUAACCGCAACCGCAACCGCAACCGCCAUGGAGUCUCCCUGCGGAUGCUCUGGCUCCCUCAAGUAUGCUCACAGGGGGUGCGUGCAGAGAUGGUGCGACGAGAAGGGGAGCACCGUCUGCGAGAUUUGCCUCCAGAAUUACGAGCCUGGAUACACCGCUGCUCCCAAGAAAACUCAAGUUGCUCAUGUCGCAGUCACCAUCAGAGGGAGCCUGGAGGUCCCAAGGCAGGAUUAUGAGGCACCGGAGCAUGCCCCGUUGAUCGGGCUCGACGCGGCGGCGGGCGACCCGGCCUACGCUGAGUGCGCGAGUGCCGCCGGCAGAAGUGCUGCCUGGUGCCGGUCGGUGACGGUGACGUUCACUGUUGUGUUGCUGCUGAGGCAUCUCAUUGCCCUGGUGACCGUCGGCGCCGCGAAUCAAUACGCCUUCAGCCUGCUGACGAUAUGCUUGCUGAGGGCGAGUGGGAUCUUGCUGCCGUUCUACGUCCUCAUGCGGCUUAUCUCCGCGGUGCAGCACGGCCAGAUGCAGUACCGGCUGCAGAUGCUCCAGGAGCAAAGAAGGAACGCAUCAAGAAUGCAACACAGGGUGCCUGGUCAGGGACAACGGCAGCAUGUGAUUCUUGUUGUGUGA